AUGCUACUCUUCUACAUCUUUCUUCUUAUUGGACUUAGUCAAUGUCGUGAACAUGAAAUCUCAAUCAAUGAAGAAACCCCAAUCGAUACAAUUAUAUUUGAUUUAAAUAGUUUAUCAACAACAGUCAUUACUUAUCAAUUAUUAGAAAGUUCUUCUCUAUUGCAUUUUAAUUCAACAACGAAUUUAAUCUCGAUCUCGAAACGGAUUGAUCGAGACACCUUGUGUCCGAAUGAUGAUCAAUGCUCAAAAUGUUACUUAACAAUUAAACUCUACGAUAUGUAUUACUAUGAUAUCUUAUUAUUAAAAUUUAAAAUCAAUGAUAUCAAUGACAAUCAGCCGAUCUUCAGUUCCAAUACUUAUUCAAUAUCAUUAACAGAAAAUAACAUGCCAGAGAUGAAAAUACGUUUGUCCAAAGCCGAAGAUAUCGAUUGUUUUAUCAACGGUGUUCAGUUAUAUGAACUAACAUAUGUCUAUCGUAAUCGCGUAAUCGUCUCUUCAGUAAAUGUUUUCCAACCGCAACCGCAGAAUCAAACCAAUCAACCGUUCUAUUUAUUGUACGAUUCCAAUGCAGAAUUAUAUCUUGUGAUUAACAUAUCACUCGAUCGUGAACUACAAGAUGAGUAUAUUUUCACCAUUACUGCGAAUGAUCAAAAGUACGCGACAUCAACGAAAUUGACAUUGACUGUUCUCGAUGUCAACGAUCACAAUCCGAAGUUUUCUCAAUCGAUUUAUACAGUUAAUAUUUCUCAAUCGACUCCAAUGGGAACAAUUUUAAUCAAAUUAACUGCUUACGAUGCUGACUCCGAUGAUAACGCACGCAUUUAUUACUCAUUAUUAAGUAUCGACGGUUAUAAAAUCGAAUCCAAUGAUAGAAAUGAGUUAUUUCAAUUGAAUUCCUACACAGGUGAACUGACUCUUCUAUCGAAACUGGAUCACUUGGAUACGAAGAAUAUUUUUAAACUAGUUGUCGGAGCGUCCGAUGGAACGCACAAUGCAAUUCCAGCGCUAACUACUGUCUAUAUCAAUGUCCAAACGGACCUUUUCAACAGUGAUCAGUCAUUAAUUCAAAUCACUUUUGGUUCAAAUCGCGUUUCGAAGAAUUUCACGGAAGUUUACAUCUCCGAGAAUCUUCCGAAUGCAACAUUCAUUGCUUAUAUCAAAUCGAAUCCUAAUCUUCAGUUACUAACCCACGAAGGUUUUUUCCUUCAGAAAUUAACCGAAAACUCAUUUACUUUAUUAACUGAUCGUAGUUAUGACCGAGAAACACGUUCGUCGUACAACGUUCAAUUACGUAAUGGAAAUAUUCAACGAAAUUUUCAAAUUCUCGUCACGGAUGUAAAUGACUGUAAACCACAAUGGAAUUCUUCGAUAUUAAACAUUGAUUUUGAUCAAUUUAUACACCUGAACGAAGCGAUUGUUUUAACUUUGAAUGCAACAGAUGAGGAUGAAAACUCUCGUGUUGGGUAUCGAAAGAAGAGUACGUCAUGGCCACAAUCGAUUUCAUUAAUAUCAAAUCAAUUAAUACUUAAUUGUACAGUCGAAGGAAAUGAAACAAAUAAUGAUUGUUGGUUUUAUUUAGCAAAUGGCGAAAUUUGGUUAGAUAUCGAAGCCUACGAUCUCGAUAAUGAGAAUUUCUCAUCAGUAAUUAAAAUCCGUCUUUAUCGCAGUUCAAUCGCCGGUACGGAUCGAUCCUACGUGCAGAUUAAACGUUUAUAUCAGUAUGAUAUCCUUCAAUGGCUGAAACAUGAAUAUAUCAUAAUGAGCAUCGCUUGUUUAAUGGGACUAUUAUUUGUCGUUGCCACCAUACUCAGUUGUGUUUACUGUCGACGAGAGUCGCGACGAAAAACACCGUCGAUAUUAACCACAGUCACAGAUGAUAAUAGUACGAAACAGAAGAUUAUUCAAACAUCAUCAUCGGAACAGAGCUCAUCCGCUGGAUCAUUGUAUGGCUCAGAGAAAUCGGAUAAUAUUACGGUUGAAACAUCGGAUAUGUAUUUGUUUUCUCCGAAACGAACAACACUUAUGCCGCAUCCAACCGACAAUUUAACGAACAAACUUUUUCAUUCAAUUCAAACUGAUCUAUCACUACUAACAGAAGCAAAUCAACAAAUCGUCGCUACGCGAGGAACUUAUGUUUAA